AUUAAAUUUAAUGUCACUUCCAAAGCCUACAGUAUUCAAAAUAACAAACCAUGAUGACUCAACUACUCGUCGUUUCACCAUGCCAACACCCACUCCAUCGUGGGAAGAACUUUCGACGAAAAUACGACAAAUCUUUGAAAUUCCAAAACAAACCCGAAUUAGUCUGACGUACUUGGACGAAGAAGGUGACGUUAUUACUUUUAGUUCGGAAGCUGAAUUACAGGAUCUUUAUAAUGAAAGAGAGUGCUCGAUGCAAGAAAAUCAUGGAGAACUGAUUAGACAAGAAAUGACAAAUUUGAGACAAGAAAAUAAUCCUACUAUCGCUAUAGCAAAUAGUAAUGCUAGAAAAUUUGGCCUAAAGAUUUAUGUAGAAAAGCAAAUUAUUGAGGAUGUAGAAAAGCAAAUUAUUGAGGAUGAAUUUGAGGAUAGGAACAAUUGUGCACAACAAUAA